GUAAUAGUCUCAGGAGCUCUCUUCCCUAUCCAUUUUUGUAAAAAUUCUCCUGAAAGGAAUUUGCUCAUACAAGUCAAAAAGAAAAGAGUAAUCACGUGCUAUUUUCUUGAUCGCAGUCUUGAAAUCUUGGGUUUCCUCCGGUCAAUGUUGCCGCUGAUUUUCAAGAAUUUUGAGGGUGUCUUCUGAAUAGCGAUCGUGUUUGCUCAAGAUGACGAUAGGGACACCAGUGACACCGUCAUCAAAGAUCAAGAGGACAACACCGGCAUGUACUCCUGGCGGUCCAAAAGUACGAGAGGAGAAUAUUUUAGUGACUGUUCGGAUAAGGCCACUGAGUUCAAAAGAACUAGCUGCUUAUGAUCUUGUUGCGUGGGAUGUCACUGAUGAAAAUAUCAUUGUUUCGAAGAAUCUAUAUCAUGAGAGGCAUGGAGGACUUUAUAAAUUUGAUAAGGUUUUUGAUCCAACUUGCUCCACACAAAAAGUUUAUGAAGAAGGCGCCCGAGAUGUUGCUUUAUCUGCUCUUAGUGGAAUUAAUGCGACAAUCUUCGCAUACGGGCAGACUAGUAGUGGGAAGACAUUCACCAUGAGGGGCGUGGCGGAAAAUGCUGUUAAGGACAUUUAUAAUCACAUCAAAUUUACUCCAGAGAGAGAAUUUUUGCUCAAGUUCUCUGCUUUAGAGAUCUACAAUGAAACUGUUGUAGAUCUCCUGAACAGGGACUCGGGCCCGCUUCGUCUGUUGGAUGAUCCUGAGAGAGGAACUAUUGUGGAUAAGUUAACUGAAGAGGUUGUCAAAGGUGAUCAACAUUUGAGGCACCUAAUAAGUAUUUGUGAAGCGCAAAGGCAGGUGGGUGAAACUGCUCUGAAUGAUAAAAGCUCAAGAUCACAUCAGAUAAUUAGGCUGACCAUUGAGAGUAGUCUCCGAGAAGACUCGGAGUGCGUGAAAUCCUUUUUAGCAAGUUUGAAUCUUGUGGAUCUUGCUGGGAGUGAGCGUGCCACUCAAGCAAAUACAGGUGGUACAAGGUUGAAGGAGGGGAGCCAUAUCAACCGAAGCCUGCUAACAUUGACAACCGUAAUCAGAAAGCUAAGUGAUGGAAAGCGAAGUGGUCAUAUUCCCUACAGGAAUUCAAAACUCACGAGGAUAUUGCAGACUUCACUUGGUGGAAAUGCACGAACAGCAAUUAUUUGCACUAUGAGUCCUGCUUUGAGCCAUGUCGAGCAAUCAAGAAACACGCUUCUAUUCGCAACAAGUGCGAAGGAAGUUACAAAUAGUGCCCGGGUGAACAUGGUUGUUGAAAAGAAGCAACUGGUAAAGCAAUUGCAAGAGGAAGUUGCCAGACUUGAGGCAGAGCUCCGAAGUCCCGAGCCAUCUGACUCUUCAUGUUUAAGGUCUUUGCUGAGGGAAAAGGAACUGAAAAUCCAGCAGAUGGAGACAGAGAUUAACGAGCUGAAACGCCAAAGAGACAUUGCACAAUCUCAGCUUGAGUUGGAAAGAAGCUCUCACAAGGAACAAAAGGCUUCAGAUCAUCAUGGUCCUUCGUGUCAAGCCGUUAAGCGUCUCUCUUUCACCACUGAGAAUGACUCGCUUACUCGCAAAUGUGAUUCAAAAGUCAAGACGAGAAAGAUGGGGAGAAAAGCAGCAGCUUCUUCAGGAAUGUUGGUCAAUGAAAUAAGAAAGCUGGAGAUGAGGCAAAGACAGCUUGGUGAAGAAGCAAACCGUGCGUUAGAGCUACUUCACAAGGAGGUUGCUUCUCAGAGACUUGGGAGUCAGGAUACUGCCGAGACAAUUGCAAAGAUGCUGUCAGAAAUCAAAGUCAUGCAUGCAACAAGUUGUAGUUCAGAAGAAGUUCAGAUAAAAGGUAAACCUACCUUGAGAGAAGAGAUUGCUCGUUUGAACUCCCAGGAAGGCAACAUCAUAGUUUUAGAAGAGAAGCUUGAGAAUGUUCAGAGAUCCAUAGAAAAAUUAGUUAUGCAUCUUCCAACUGGUGGCGACACUCCUGAGGUAAAGACUUCCUCGAAAAAGAAAAAGGGCCUCCCAUUCAGCUUGAGCAAUACAGCCAACAUGCCGAAUUUAAUACGAUCUCCUUGCUCCACGUUGUCUUCUUCUCACAAAUUAGUAGAACACGAAAUUGAAAAUAGAGCCCCAGAGAGGAACAAUGUUAUUUCUGGUCUUGAAGCAAUUGCCCGGCAAAAGAGGACACCUAAUGGUAUAGAAAGUUGUAGUAUCUCAACAAGGGAGAAUAGCCCUGCACAAAAGCAAUCAAGCUCUAUAAAUAUGAGGAAAAUGCAGAAGAUGUUUAAGAAGGCCGCUGAGGAUAACAUUCAAAGCAUUAAGGCUUAUGUUACAGAGCUGAAAGAACGGGUUGCGAAGCUACAAUACCAAAAACAACUUCUUGUUUGCCAGGUGUUGGAGCUGGAGGAGGCCAAUGAGGCUUCAAGUAGCGAUGAGGCCGAGAUAAUCGAUCAACCUCACAUGCCAUGGAGUGUAGUGUUCGAGGAUCAACGGAAGGAGAUCAUAAUGUUGUGGCACGUCUGCCACGUCUCAAUUGUACACCGCACUCAGUUUUACUUGUUAUUUAGAGGAGAUCCUUCUGAUCAGAUAUACAUGGAAGUUGAACUCAGAAGGUUGAAAUGGUUGGAACAGCACCUGGAUGAGGUCGGCAACGCCAGCCCCGCCCUCUUAGGCGACGACCCUCCUGGCUCAGUAUCGUCAAGCAUCAAGGCCCUUAAACAGGAGAGGGAGUAUCUAGCAAAGAGAGUGAGCUCAAAACUGACGACGGAAGAAAGAGAGCUUCUGUACCUGAAAUGGGACAUUCCACCUGAGGGGAAACAGAGGAGGAGACUGCAACUUGUGAACAAACUGUGGACCGAUCCUCUGAAUAUGGAACAUGUGAAGGAAAGUGCAGAAGUGGUGGCUAAGCUUGUGGGGUUUUGUGAGUCGACGCAGCCCGUUUCAAGGGAGAUGUUUGAGCUCAACUUUGUACCUCUUAGUGACAAGAAGACAUGGAUGGGUUGGAACUUGAUAUCCAACCUUCUACAUUUGUAAGCACACUGGUGAAUAUAGUGAAACAUGAUAGCUUUGUUUUGAUGAUGCUACGGGGUGUUCAACAAAAUUGUCGGGCAGCCCCAAUCAAUCGGUCCAACCUAAACCGUACCGCAAGUAAUGGACUAAGGAUGGAUUGGGUUGAUUUUGAGCUAGUAAAAGAAGAUCAUAUUA